AUGAACCAACCCGUAUAUGUCCCAUGCUUCACUCAUCUCAUGCUUCUUAAAGUCGAAGGAUAUCGCCGUGCUAUCGCUAUCCGCAACACCCUCACUUCAAUACGAGAGCUCCGCAAACUCAGACGCCAUGUAUUGUCGCUGAUCCACCCGCCUAUGCUCCCCAUCAAAUUCGCCCGCAUCGAUCUCAGUAGCACCGUUCUCGCCUCACCGGUCUUUGACCCCCACGACAUCGUGCACCUCACGGUAUUAGAGCAUUACGCCAUGCUGCUCAUCAAGUUUGCCAAGAUAGACCUUACGAUGUUCAGAGCUUCUUCCCCCCCAUAUUACACGGCGAUGUGGCGCCAGAAACUGGAUAUGUGGGCAGAGUGGACGGGCAUUGAGCGCUGGUUUGGAUUUUCCGGUUCGGUCGACAUAGGUGACAACGGGUGGUAUGACGUGGUUUUGGCUCGGCUAUGGGCACGGGUCCACGAAAGAACAAAGCGUUUAACGAAAGGUCGAGAGCCGGGAGAGGUCAAGGGGAAGCAGCUGAUGAAUGGAUUGAAGAAGUUAUGGAAGCUGCGCCACAAGAUAUCGCACGGUAGCACAUAUACGGCUAAAAUUCCGCUGGGCGACGAGUGGGCGAAUGAGAAUACAGAUGUGAAAUGGCCUGGAGUAGAUUAUGCCUGA